AUGAUUGCCUGCAGUGUUUUGGUAACACUUCUCUCCCCAAGGGAAGCUCGUUUCUGUUUCCACGGCAACGCGGCUUCGGCGUUUGUCCUCGUGUCUGUUCGAAGGCGGAACCACAGAGAAACCACGGCUCCUCGAUUCGCGAUCCCUGAGGGAGUCCUUCAUGAUUCGGAGAUGGUAAGGAGAGCUCGACUGGAUCAGCCAUUUCAGGACGGCAUAUACUACCCUUAUAGCAGUGACACCCAGGGGAAUCAUUCAUCAGCAGGGAUCCCAUCUCUCCUGAAUUCCCCACUCAGCCAGCCCUCCGUGAAGGUCCAUUCUGCACUAGGCAUGGCUCCCUCCAGUGCGCCACCCACCAUUCUGCCUUUCAGGUUCCGCCAGCGUAGGGAGAGUGUAGACUGGCGGCGAAUCCACGCUGUAGAUAUUGAUCAGGUGAUUAGCCAACUAGAUGUGGAUAUCCUACAGGAGCACAUAAGCACCGUGACCUUCUGCAGCUUGGAUGGAGAGCGGUGUCAGCGCUGUCAGAGCCCUGUGGACCGAGCGCUCAUCAAGAUUCUCCAGUUGGCCCAACUCACUGUCGAAUGGCUCCUCCACUGUCAGGAAUGUCUCACGCUCAAUCUGCAAGCAGCGGAGGAGAAGCUGGCGAGUGCCAACAUGCAACAGGAGCAGCUACUGGCCCACUUGAAGAAGCAGGAGGAAAGCAUGAUGGAGAUGACGGCCGAGCUCAAGAAACGGAAUAAGAUUAUACGCAAACAGCAAACCCUGUUCGCUCCGCAUAUCACCAACAGUCAAAAGUGCGCGUUUUGUAAAAAGAAGUUCCUCUCUGCUUCAUUUCUUCAAAGUCACAUGCAGCGGCGCCAUCCCGAUGAGAGCGACAUGCAGUUACAAUCGAGCAGUGAGGAGAAAUCUCAAAUCCAAGCCCUGAAAUUGGAGAUGAACAGUCUGAGGGAGCAAAUUGGUCAACAGCAACAAAUAUUGGAAGCCAAAGCGGCCGAGAAUCAAAAGCUGCAGCGACACGUGGAGGAGAGCGAGCUACAAAUGCGAGAAAGCGAGAAGAAAUCUCAGAUCGAAAGCCUCAAACUGGAGAUUACAAAUCUGAAGGAUCUUAUUCAACACCAACACAUCAUACAAGCAAGACCAACAGAGGAUGAAAAGCAACAGUCCAAGGACAAAGACAUGCUAAAGGAACUAGAUCAUUUUAAAGCGGUAGAGAUGGUCCAGAUACAAGCCAUUCAAAAGCUGGAACAUCAACAGAAACAGCAGGACAAAAAAUGGGAGGCCAGGCUGGUGAAAAUCACAACACAUUAUGAGUCAGAAAAGAACGACUUGCAGAAAGAGUUGAAAAGAUUGCAGUCGGCCAUAUCGGAGAACCAGGAGCAGAGCAAGAGGCAGCUGCAGGAGAUGCGGAGGAAGAUGCAAGAGAAGGAGCAAACCAUCCGGGAUCAGAGGGAGCAGAUACAAAAUACAUCUUCAAACUUACCCGCUAAGGCGCAUAAAGUAUCAGUGGUAGGAAGUGCACCAGCUCCAGAGCCUAAACCAAAGAAAGUUGUACUUGACUUGACCACCAUCCCUGAGAAGAGGCCAGUGGAGAAAAAGCCUGAACCCUUUCCGGAGAAGAAAGCCAGGGUUCCCGUCAGAAGGAACCCCAAUAAGACGGAAAUCAAGCAACAUCUCGAGCAAGUUGUUUUGACGAAACUGGAGACGGUGGGAGUGAAGCCGGAUCAGAAAAAACUGAAGACCAAAGAGCUCAGGUCAAUUCUUGCUAAUAUACACACAAAGCAACAGAGCCUUGCAAAGAAAUUUCCCGACUAUUGGCACCAUCGUGCGGACAUACUUAACACUUUGGAGCAGCAGCUGGCCUUAAAGAAGAAGGACAGCAAUCUCCAGUCUUUGGACAAAUCCAGACACUCUGCUCAGGUGUUGCAGACGCGCCCUCGAUCCAGUAGUCUACCAUCUAAAGCAUCGCAGGGCAUCUCUGAAGCCGUAGCCCAACAAGCCAAGACCCCACAACCCGCACCAAGAGCCAAGACCACCAUCCAACCAAAGACGUCUACACCUAGCCAUAAAACUGCUCAGAAAGAACACACUCCCAAAACACCGCCUUUCAGCUCCUUUGUGGAUUCAGAAGACGAGGAUACAGACAUGGAGGACACCGAGUCUCCUCAACAACAAUGGGGCAAACCUUCACACGUCACAACAAAUAAGCAGGAAGCAGUUCAAAUCACUGCAAGAAAAUCCAAUUUGAUCCAGGCGAUGCCAGCUCCAGCUGGUCUUUCAUCCUUUAAUAGCCAACGUUCUGGUGGUGUGAACAAGACAGCAGCUGUCAUGAAGAUAGGGAAGGACAACCAUGAUGAGAUCUAUGAGGAUGACUUUUCAGAUGUCAGUGAGCUGCAGGAGAUUGACUCCAGGCAACUCCAGAGUUUCAAAGACCAGAAUGGCAACGUAGAAAAGACAUCCUUCGGUAAAGAAAACAAAGUGAGUGAGUUGGCAAGGAAAAUUGAGAGUAAGGUUGCAAAUAAAGUGUCAAAGAGACCCGUAGGGGGCGUGAGCAUCUUGCCAGAGCCCAAUGAUGAGGUUCACGAGUUCUUGUCUUCAGAUCUGGAGGAGAGCAGCGAUGACGCCCAUUCCUCUUUUGAAGACAGACAAGGAAAAUCGAAACCCGCCCACAACUCCGGAACAACGGUGAGGAGCAAUGACUCACCUAGCACCAGCGUGUGGGACUCCUCCACAGGAAAAGACACUUCCAGAGGAAAGGCUCCAAGAUCAGGUUUGACUGAAGCUGGAACGGGGAGCACCUUGAAGAGCAGUCUGUGUUACCUCAGUGACAUCUGUGACUCGGAAGAUUUUAAUAAUUAACACAAAUGGCACUCCUGAUCAUCAGACAGUGGCGAAGCUUCUGGUAAAUUGCAGAAGGAACCACAAACAAGACACGCUACGUUGUGUUGUCUACAAUCACAUCCACACCACCGGGCAAACAAAACCGAGAACCUCGAUUCCAUAUAUGGAAAACGGACUCAGCAUAACAAUAUGUUAACAUAGCUAAGCAAUAUGUUAGUAUAGCUUAGCGUUUUCAAUAUUACCUCAUCCCUGUGCCAAUGUUUUUGCACUUGGUUUCCAAUGUGCUUUUUUUUUUUCAGAUUUCCUUAUAUUUAGUACACAUUACAGUGCUGAACAUAAUUAUUAGACCUGUCGAAAAAAAAUACAGAAAACAUUCAAAAACAUGUUUAUAGUAAAAACUAGUACGUAUUUGUUUUACUGUUUUAAACAGGGCCGAGUGUGUGACGUUUAAUUGAUAUAAUUUGAGUUACAGAGCUGAUUUAUAGUUCUUAAACUAUUACAUAAAUGUAUUUAGGGCAGCCAUCAUAUAAACCUCACAUUGGGUGUUGGUCUAGUAAAUUUGUUUAGCACUUUGUGUAAUGACACUUGUUUAUAAUUCUUUGUUAAAUUAAGUCUUUGAGAAUUUUUCUAUAGAGAAGUAUUUUUACAAGCAAUACAACAUUUAUUGAUUAAUUGAGGAAUACAUGUCUGUUAAGAAACCUAAAAAAGUUCUUCGAGAAAAAACAUCACAAGGGUUUGCUGUUGUUUGUACGUGUAUCUUCUACAUGCCACGUUUUAGUGGUGGAAAGGCAGAGCGUGUUUGUUCCUCCUGUCUGUGCAUCCGGCCAUCCAAUAGCUGACCAAACUGUAAACCUAAACAUUGAUAACAGAGUUCAAUGUUGCUAAAUAGAUUGUUUUAGCAGAUACUAAUUCUUUCAGAAGUGAUAGUCACAGUUUGAGAAAGAAAUGUAUCUUUAUAGCACACUCAUAAAACCAACCACAGCUGAAACAAAGUACUGUACAACGUCAACAAUAUAAACAUUUAAACAAAAACAAAAAAACACAAGCAAUAAUGAUUUUCAUAACAAUAUUGUAAUUUUUAAAGCAUAAUAUUCUGCUGUCCUACGGAGCAGAAGGUCAGUAAUUGCAUGGCAGGAUAUAAAUGGGGAAAAGCUGCGGGCUGCUGAUUGUAACGUGCAUUUACAGGUCGCGGCAAGAAUCCACUAGCUUGUGCCGAAAAGAAACUGGGUAUGUUACAUAAAAAUCUGAAAAGGGAAUUUUCACAAUUGAAUGUGACAAACCGCAGGGUUUGACAUCAGGGGACAGGAGAGACAAACCAGUCACAGCUCAGCUUCAGAAAACUGGUUGGUCGUGAUUAGUUGUGCCGACGACCUGACAACUGUGAUGUCAUUUUUAGUCAACAGCAAGUGAGAUGGAUAAAAACAGGUGGAUUUUGCAAGUUGAAUUUCUAUUCCACAAAUGAAACAUUAAUCACAACACUGUUUAGACUAUUUGGGUUACACAGUACAUAUUAUUACAACAAACAUUUUAAUAUGGUGUAUUACAAUAAAGCGCUGACUCAUGUUA